AUGGACAACAUCCGGGCCCUGUUCCAGAAGCCUGACCCGCAGGCGCAGCUUCGGAAAUGCAACACACUCCUGCGCUCCAACAUGCGCAAAAUCGACCGCGACAUUGCCAAUGCCAAGCGCGCCGAAAUCACCACAAAAAACCUCAUCAUCCAGGCCGACCGCCGCGCCCAGCGUGAUCCCUCCCGCGCCAAACAGGCGCAACGCGAGGUCCGCGACUUUGCGCGCGAACUCGUGCGGGCCCGCCGCACGUCGGCGCGCCUCGUGACCGGCCGUGCCCAGCUCAACAGCGUCCAGAUGCAGGUCAGCGAGGCCUUUGCGAUGCGCAAGAUCGAGGGGUCCAUCCGCGCCAGCGUCGGCGUCAUGCGCGACGUCAACCAGCUGAUCCGCCUGCCCGAGCUCGCGGGCACGAUGCAGGAGCUGAGCGUGGAGCUCAUGAAGGCCGGGAUCGUGGAGGAAAUGGUCAACGAGACGCUGCCCGAAGACGACGCCGCCCUGUUCGAGGACGAGGACGUGGCCGAGGCCGACAGCGAGGUCGACCGCGUGCUCAGCGAGAUUCUGAAAGACCGCAUGGCCGCGACGGGCCCGGUGCUGCCGUCGACGCCCGUCGGCACAACCCCCGUACCGGCGGCGGCCGCCGAACCCGCUGUGCCGGUGGCGCGCAGCAAGGUCGCCAUUGCCGAGGGCGGCCCCAACGGGGACGAGGACGAAGAGGACGAGGAGGACACGGAGGCCAUGAUGGCGCAGAUGCGCAACAGGCUGGAGUCUCUGCGGAGCUGA